AUGGAGCAUGCAACCAAAAUCUUCAAGGAUGUGUUCGGCGAUGCCUCAGCAGAGUACCGAGAUCUCAUCGAGCACCUAGCCAGAUCCUACCACCACGGAAGCCCGGAUCAGUGGAGACGCCAUGCAGAGGCAAUCCGAGCUUCUUUGGGCAAGGACGCGGCCGGAAACUUCGACGUCAAGACGUCUUCUUCAGAUGGGAUGGAACAUCUGGAAUCCACCCAGAGAGUGGAGAAUGCCGCCCUGCUGCAUCAAGUGUCAGUGCUUCAAGUUCAGACAGAAGCAGUCGACAGGCCUGCCGGGGCCGGGGCCGGGCCACUGCCCAUCCUGGACGCCGUUCACGGCCAGGCAAAUGCAGACUUCGGAGCUGCGAUGGCCUCCCACUUGGCAGCACACGAGGUAAAGGCCGCUAACAAAGCUGCCUUUAGCAGCUUGCCCAAGCACGGCGAAUUCUGCCAACGGCUGCAGUCAGCCCAGCACCAGCACCGCCAGCAGUGCAAGGCGCCUGCCCCGCCACCUGUAGCACCUCCACCAGCACCACCCGUAGCACCUCCGCCAGCCCCAGCGCCCCCAGCUCCAGCUGUCAGCAAAGCGGCAGCGCCAUCCCCACCAGUUGCGUCUCCAGCGAUGGCUGCGGAGCCUGUCACCUCCACAGUUGCCAAAGUCGUUAGUGCUGGGUGGGGUGACGGCAACAUUGCCGACUUCUUCUUGAACGGUCGCAAAAUUGACAUCCGCGGGGAGGCUGGCCGACGUGGCCUCAACGUUGUGACCAUCGACCCAGACACUCAGCAGGUUAUGUCUCGCAAGACAUACGAUGUCUGGGCGGAUCCGCAGACAGAGAACACUCGCCUAGCCGCUGACAUCAAUAGCAUGCCGGAUGGCCGCGUGAUCUUGGUUGCAUGCAAGGACUCAGGCAUGGAAAAUCUCGAUGCCCGAGCAAUCUCGGCCCUUUGGAGUGCCGGCGCUUCUGUGCCUGGUGGCAAAGAGAGGGAGGGCUACGCGCUGAUCGGGAUCAAGGGAAGCGAAGCGCUUGCGGAGCAGCAAGGUGGUCGAGUCGAGAUAGAGGGUCAGUUGCCUUUCUUUGUGCGACACCCUCCUCCUCUUCCACCGAGCUCGCCAUCGCCUCCGCCCAUGCCCGCGGCAGCCCAGCCUCAGCAAUUUAGCCCUCCGACCUGGGCCAAGGAGCCCGCAGCUCCUAAGCCGCCCAGCACCUUCCCUACCGCCCCUCCCACAUCAGAGCCUGCGCAGAAGGUGCGUGUACCGAAGCUGCAGGUAGAUCCCCAGGGAGGGGUGACGUACCAAGAUGAGACGGUCGAACGGGACGGCAAGCCCGAAGAACAGGGCCAAAGUUGGCAAGAGGUCGUGCUCAUGCUAGACAAGCUGCAAGCAAAGAUAAAGGCGAAGCGACUCGCAGGUGCCUGA